AUGGCAGGUAACGACCCUGUGGACUUUAUGGCUGCCCUAGGAAACAUGGUUUCGACUGUGCAAGUGAUAACGGAAGUGCUUGGGAAUCAAAUGAACAGUGGGAAUGGGAAUACCGGUGAAGAGGGGCCGAGGACACUUGCUACUUUUCUGAAAGUGCAUCUUCCGACCUUCAGAGGGACCACAAAUCCUACGGAGACCGAUAAUUGGCUUCAAGCAAUAGAGUGGGCUCUGCAAGCUCAACAGGUUCCUGAAGAACAAUGGGUGGUGUUCGCAACCUACCAGUUACAGGUUAGAAAUGCUAAAGAGCUUGAGCUGCUGCAAUUAAAACAGGGUCAGAUGUUUGUUGCGGAGUACACAAAUAAAUUUGAAGAACUGUGCCAGUUUUUCCGAAUCUGCCAAGGUGCUCUGGAAGACUUUGUAGAAUGGAAAUGUAUAAAGUACGAGGGAGGACUUUGGAGUGACAUUCUAAGCUCUGUUGGGCUGAUGGAGAUCAUAGUCUUUUCUGAACUUGUGAAAAAAAGCCGAGUCGCUGAAGAGUAUAUAAGGAAGUCAGGAGUAGAGAAAGAGAGUCAAAGGAUGCCUUUUCAGAUGAACCAAAGGAGGAACUUCGCGCCAAGGGGUAGGACUUUUAAGCGUGGAGGAUUUGUUCUGCAAUAG